AUGUCCAAGAACGGCAGUUUUUCGCCAGUGAAUGAAACUGUAGGUGUUGAUGAAAAGUUUGAAAUGAUAAACGAACAACUCAAAUAUUGUACCUUGGAAAUCAAUGGGAUUUUCACCAAUCUCUUCGAACUCGAUAAAUUUGGCAAACUCGUUCCCAUACCACUGACACCAUUUCGCUAUAAUGUAAUUGUCACGGAGGGAGGUUUUCAUCUCGAAACGGGGGAGAUUCGAACACCAAAAGUUGCAUUUACGCCAGAUUUUAUCCGACGCAAUCUGACUUAUGAACAACUUAAUACCUUCCAUGGCAAACCGUUCAGUCCUACGUUUGUUGUGGAGGUCGAUGACGUAGAAAAUAUCGAUAGCGAGAAAUUCAAACAGUUGGAUGUCAAGUUUAAAGAAUCUUAUUUUGACCCACUCACGUCUAUUCAGCUCGGUUGGCUGAUCGAUCCUUUCACUUUAAGAUCUGGAUCUACAAGCGAAACAAAGGUGGCAAUGUUUUUCGUCGUUACUGUAAUUGGAGUAAUUUGGAUGGUGACGACACUUUACCAGGUUUUACGUUGGAGGUAUCGAGAAUAG